AUGGUCUCAUAUUCUUCUUUCUUUAAUGACUUAUACAGUGCACAACUAAAGGAAAUAGAAACUGAAAAGUCAACCUUGGUAAAACAAAUUGAAACCAGAGGUGCACUCAUAAAAGAAAAAGACUUGAAAAUUACUCAGCAUCAAGAGGAGUUAAAAAAAUUAAGCAAAGAAAAUAUCUCACUGAAAGAGAAAUCUGCCAAUGUGGCAGAUGACUUGGUUCAGCAGAAUCAGCAACUGUUGGAGAAAGUCAAGAAUCUUGAAGCAGAAUUAGCUGCCACUUGUUCUCUUACUAAUGGAACUUCUGAAGAACCCACUAAUACAGAAAAUGAAAUCAUUUCGAAGUUGAAACAAGAAAAAGAAGAUUCACUUGCUGAGAUUGAAUUCCUUAAGGCUGAAAUUGUGUAUCUCCACAUGAAAAAUGAGAAUUUGAAAGCUCGUAUGGAGAGUAUUGAAAAUGGUGACCUAAAAAAUGGUGAGCCUGAGGAAGUCAAGAAGCGAAAUAUUCUUCCACCUCGUCUUUUCUGUGAUAUAUGUGAUGAAUUUGAUCUCCAUGAAACUGAAGACUGCCCCAAACAAGAAAUGUCAGAAAGUCCACCCUGUACACAAUAUCAUGGCAAUCCUAAACAGGAAAGGCCUUUCUGUGAAAUUUGUGAAGCCUUUGGUCACCUGACUGCCAAUUGUGAUGUGGAUGAGACAUUUUGA